CGUGCACACCCAUCCAGUCUCGAGGCCGAGCUUCUUUCCUGUCGGUGGGAUUCAAGAGAGAUCCGUCGCCUAACAACAACAUUUUAGUAGGGUAGACCAACAAUGGGGACCCGUGACGACGAAUACGAUUAUUUAUUUAAAGUGGUACUCAUUGGAGACUCUGGUGUUGGGAAGAGUAAUCUGUUGUCCCGUUUUACUCGGAAUGAGUUCAACCUGGAGAGCAAGAGCACCAUUGGUGUGGAAUUCGCAACCCGCAGCAUCCAGGUGGACGGCAAGACUAUAAAGGCUCAGAUCUGGGAUACAGCAGGACAAGAACGCUACAGAGCCAUCACAUCAGCGUACUACCGGGGAGCAGUCGGAGCUCUUCUGGUCUAUGAUAUUGCAAAGCAUCUGACUUAUGAGAAUGUCGAGCGCUGGUUGAAAGAGCUGCGGGAUCAUGCGGAUAACAACAUUGUUAUCAUGCUGGUGGGCAACAAGAGCGAUCUGAGGCACCUCAGGGCUGUACCAACUGAUGAGGCCAGAGCUUUUGCUGAGAAGAACAACCUCUCUUUCAUUGAAACAUCAGCUUUGGACUCCACAAAUGUUGAGGAGGCAUUCAAAAACAUACUUGCAGAAAUCUAUCGGAUUGUAUCACAGAAGCAGAUCGCAGACAGGUCCAUGAAUGACGAGUCUCCGGGCAACAACGUAGUGGACAUCAGCGUGCCGCCCACUACCGAUGGGCUAAAGGGCAACAAAUUUCAGUGCUGUCAAAAUCUGUGACCCCACUUCCCCCUACCUUUACCCCCACCUUUUGGCUAUCUCUUCUGUUCCCCUCUAUUUAUUUCGGCUUUGCCCCUGUGUGUUGUGCUCUGGCUACAGCUUUAUCCCCAUUGUAAAUUCCACACUAAUUCUAAACGAAGCAGCGUGCAUUUGUAAGUGACAUUCCUUUUAUUUUUUUUCCGGGGGUUCUUAGUUGAUUGUCUCUCUUUUUCUUCGUUACCAGUACCCACAAUCUGAGUUCAUGUUUGCUAGGCAAAAUGCUUUUUUUUGGAAUUGAUUAUUUGCCCGUUGAUUGUGUACUCCGCUCCUAUGGAAAAGGGAUGGUGAGGGAUCAGUAUGUCCUCGGCUUCCAGCCACUCUGAUGGUUAUUCUCUGGGAUCCACACUAAACGUCUGCUGUCUGUUGAGCCAGAUCGCAGAGGAAACCUCUGACUUGGGCUUGUAAGGGCAAGUUCUUCAGAAUAUGCCAGUCUGCAAAUUCAUCAUGUCUGGAUCAUAAAGAUACCAAAGGAGGGCUGCUGUCAUCUUUAUUUCAAUUUGGGAUAGUUCACCCAAAAAUGAAAAUUAUGUCAGAAUUUUUAUUUUUGGGUGAACUAUCCCUUUAAACAUUUCAGGCUUCACACCUGUGGUCCUAUUCUGCAAUAUGUAAUGGCAGGUUUGAAGGUGUGCAUUUGUGGAAUUUGAUUAAUGCAUUCUAAUUGCCAUGUAUAUAGCAGAUAUUAGAGUGCAUUUGUUAAGCAUUUCAUGAAAAGUAUUGACAGAUUAUUCAAAUAACAGUUACAUAUAAAUUAUUCAUUCUUCAAUGGGGAAAAUGCAAUGGUUCAGUGUUAUAGGUGGACAGUUAUCUCACUGGUCUGUGAAUGAAGUCACUAAAUCUUGGAUUAUUUGACUGUAAGUGAUAAAAAUUGUAGGCUAGUUGAAAAUGCCUUAUGUUUUCCCAUACUAUGAUUAAGAUGCCUUUUUCAAGUGUGGUUACAUGACAUUUACACAUCCAUGAAGUCACAACUGUUUUGCCUUUUAUUAGGUUACAUCAACAUGGAAAAUAAACCAAAUUACUGUCACA